CCGCCGGAGCCGCGGCCCGCCCGGCGGUGCCGGCGCCGGCCGGGAGGAUGCGGCGCUUGGCGCGGGUGGCGCUGCUGUGCCUGGGCUGCGCCGUCUGCUCGCUGCUGUACGGCCUCAGCCAGCUGGCCCUCUCCCUGGAGCAGGAGCCUGGCGGCGGCCGCGAGAGGCAGGCCCGAGAGCCCGCCACGCCCGGCGCCCGGCAGCAGGCAGGGAGAGCGGGCCGAGGCGAGGCGGGGACCGGCAGGUGUAAGAAUUUGUCUGUAUCUUUCUGGAAUUCCUAUUGGAUGCUGCCCUCUGAUGUUUGUGGAAUGAACUGCUUUUGGGAAGCUGCUUUUAGAUAUGAUUAUAUGAAAACACAUCCUUCUGAGAAAAUGCAUCUAGCAGUGGUGGCCUGUGGUGAAAGACUGGAGGAGACUGUUACUAUGUUGAGAUCAGCCAUUAUUUUCAGCAUCAAACCUCUCCAUUUUCAUAUUUUUGCUGAGGACCAAUUACAUGACAGUUUCAAAGACAUACUCGAAGAAUUCCCCUAUGAAGGAAAAGUUAAUUACACAUUAUAUCCAAUAACAUUUCCGUCUGAGAGUGCAGCAGAAUGGAAGAAAUUAUUUAAACCAUGUGCUUCACAAAGACUAUUUUUGCCAUUAAUCCUCAAAAAUGUGGAUUCACUACUGUAUGUUGAUACUGACAUCUUGUUUUUGAGGCCUGUUGAUGAUAUUUGGUCUUUUCUGGGAAAGUUCAACUCCACACAAAUUGCUGCAAUGGCACCAGAGCAUGAAGAGCCUCGUAUUGGGUGGUAUAAUCGAUUUGCUAGACAUCCCUAUUAUGGAGUAACUGGAAUUAAUUCUGGAGUCAUGCUAAUGAAUAUGACACGUAUCAGAAGAAAAUAUUUCAAGAAUGAUAUGACACCAGUCCGGCUACAAUGGGGAGAAAUUCUGAUGCCCCUACUGAAGAAAUACAAGUUGAACAUAACAUGGGGUGAUCAGGAUCUAUUGAACAUUAUGUUUUUUCACAAUCCAGAAAGUCUUUAUGUCUUUCCUUGCCAAUGGAAUUACCGGCCUGACCACUGCAUCUAUGGAAGCAAUUGUAAGGCAGCUGAAGAAGAAGGUAUAUUUAUUCUUCAUGGAAAUAGAGGUGUUUACCACGAUGAUAAGCAACCAACUUUUAGGGCUGUCUAUGAAGCGAUAAAAAAUUAUUCAUUUGGAGAUGACCUGGUUCAUUCACUGCUGCAGCCCCUGGAACAGGAAUUACAGAAAACCACGCAUACGUACUGUGGGAGAGUAUACAAAGUAUUCAUAAAGCAGCUAACAAAAAGCAUAAGAGACUUGUAUGCCAGAAGAUCAAAGGGAAGGUGAUUUUUGACUCCUAGCUGUUGCAUCAAGAGACUGAAUUAACAUAGUUAGUCAAAAGGUGCAAGAAUUCUGUUACAGCUUGAAUGGGCUCUUAAUGUGCCCAGAAAAAAGUUUACUAGCAUACAUAAAAAUGAAGAAAAUAUUAAUGUAAUGAAGAGCAAGAGCUUUUUUCUGCAAAGAUGACUUUCUGUAUUUUUUGAAGUUUAAUCAAUGCUAAUGUUUGCCUCGUAUCUGAUGAUUUGGGUGUUACUGGCUUCUAUGGUCAGUAAUUUUAGUCUGCAUAAUUCAGUUAUCUAAUGAUAAAUGAACAAGGAAGUAAUGAAGAUGGCUCUGUUUGGGAUUGUACCUCAUAUAUUGUCUAAGAUUCUGUUAAACUGUGAAUGUAGCAAUAACUGAGUCAGCAGCACUAACCUCACUUUAAAGGUGUGGGCCUUUAUGUAAACAAAGUUGUUUACAAGUGCAGAAAAUACUCUCUUGUCAAAGAAAUGUGUUGUAAUCAUUGACAAUCUGUAUGUGCCUUUAUAUGUUCAUCUCUUACAUGUUGAAGUACUGUUUUGACAAUCUUAUUUUGUUUAUCUCAGAUGUAAACUGCACACUAUGAAUAUGAUUUUCUGAGAAAAUGACUAGUAUGUGAUACUAGUUUUCUCUGUUAGUAACUAGAGAGACUUUAUAUUAAAAAUAAUUUGUUUCAACAUUGUAGAGCCAUUAGCACCAAAAGGUAGAGCAGAACUGAGGAGGUCUUAAGUGAAAAUCCAGUUUGAAGUUGCUUGUCUUACAAUACUUUAAAAAAUUUCAUGGUUUUGCAGCUUUAUAGGGCAUUUUGGAAGUAGAAAAAAAGCCCAGUGGUGGAAAGCUGUUGCUGUUGUAUUUCCAUAUUAGGAAUUAUUACCUGAUGAUUGUUCUAGAGUAUGUAGUAUGUAAAAGUGAAGAGCUGUAGUAAGAGUUCUGAUGCUUCAUCAGACUUUGUAGUAGAUGGGUUUUUUUUUAGAGAAUAUAUCCUGUUGUAAUAUUUUUUUAAUAAAUGGCUUUAAAAUAGUUUUGGGGCAGACCCUCCACUACAUUAAUGCAUUACUUGUCAACAGGGUGAUAGUGAUUUGCAACAGUUGAGGAUUAGAUUUCCUCCAAUUAUCUUAGUGAAAAAAACCUUCUGUUUAAGUAAUAAAAACUUUUUCUCCAGAGAAAACCAUGAAGAAAAGGGCUGAAUUCUAGUGUUACAGUAAAAUAUUUAAACUUGCAUGGUAUGAAAUGUAUUUGUAAACUAUAUAUGAACUUAGAUAACCUAAGUGAGAUGAAGUCUUCAUAAAGUGAGCUUUUGGAUUCCAGGACAGUUCCUGUGUGUUGAACAUGGAGGAUCCACUCACUGACUUGCACCUUCAUUCCAACCCCGUUUUAGAAGCUUAAUUUUUGUAGCUGUUUCCUUGUCAAAGAUAGACUGGCUCUGACUUCCAGCUCCAUGUGAGCUGGACAAAUGCUUUAGCAGUACAAGAAAACACUCCAUUGUCAGCAGAGUUUGUAUCCUGCUUCUAAUUUCCCUGCAGGCUCAGGGUAUAAAUUUCUGUAAUGGAAUCUAGGAAGCAGUCUGCCUGUCAUGUUGGUCUCUUUUCCUUGCUGUGUAACCUUUUGAAGCCUGAAAAUGUAGAAAUCUCUGUGAAGGUGAAUACUGUAACUGACUGAUUUUACAAUAUGCAGUGCAUUAUUUUUUUACAUAAAUACUGAUUUUUGUAUCAA